CUCGACGGGGCGCUCGGACCUCCUCAACGCACCCAAAACGAGGUCUCAAUUGCUCAUCGCCACUUUCUCACCGUCCUCUUCCUCCAUCCUCCCGUCGAUCAAAGGAUCCGCCAUCCGGCAUAACGGGCCGCCGCUGAGCGAGAGAGUCCCAGCGCGAUAGCAUAUAGGCAGGCGAGUCGCUCUUCGACGACGACAACUUUCAAUCCCCUCAUACCACGCUUCCUCAUGGCUCUUGCCUUGCUAUCCUCUCAUCACCGCUCUUAGACGUCGACUUCCAUCCGCAAGUCUCCAUACGAUAAUUCACAGCCCAGACACACCGUCGUCGUCGUCGUCGUCGUCGCCGCUGCCGCCGCCGCCGCCGUCGCCGCUUCGUCGGCCCUCUCGCGGUCGUCGCGAUGAGCCAGCCUUCGACAUCGUCAGGGGUGAGCCAGCAAUUCGCAGGUGCUCCCCCGGACGCCAGUCCUUCCUCGCGAUCCCGUCAUACACCUGAGAGCAGCCAACGCAGAGAGAGCAUUCUGCGAUCUUUCUUGCUCCUUGAGGAGCCCCAGUCGCCUGCUCUGAGCGGCGAUGAGACCUGGGGCGGCAUGUCCUCGUCCCCGAGUCGCGCUCUCACGUACGACGAAGAUCGCAGGCGUAUCUCACCCCCCUCCUACAAGGGCGGCAUGCAUGAACAGCACCUGGGGGCGACGACGGAUGCGACCCAGCUGGGCUCAUCGCCUCCGGGGCUACCUAAGAACACAAGGGGCAGCAGAUUAGGACAGCAGAUGGGAAGGCAGAAAUCAGGUGGGGGCCCGUCGUCAGGAGGAGGAUACACGUCGCAAAGGACGAGCAUGGCAUUCAGUAGCAGCGAUGACGGGUCAGGAAGGGACAGUCAAGUAGAUGAAGCAGGCAGAUACGGCGCCAUCCGCUCUAGACCGCCUCCCUUAGGCCCUGCAUUCGGCGUCGACAACGGCGGCGCAGAAGACUCGCCAACCUCCUCAACAUCGUCCUCAGCCACGCCGCAGAACCUCUCAAUCGCAUCCAAGCAGCAACGCCGCACGAGUCGCUUACAGUACAACAAGGUCGGCGACUCGAGCGGCAGCAGCAACACCUCACGCUUCGAGGAUCGCGAUCGAGCUGCACGGUUGGCUCAGGGCAGCUUGGGAAGCAUGUUCACAUCGUCCCCUUAUCAACGUCGCUCUGACCACGGCAACGACGCAGAAAGCUCGAGCAGUGCAAGAGCUCAACGGGAGCUCUUCUUGCCCGCAAUGAAGAAUGGCGGAGGCGGCGCUGGUCCCCCGAGCGCAACCGGGUCACGACCCACUUCGCCCUCUGUACCGAUCAAAGCACCUAGGAGGAUGACGAGCGCACAACGUCUCCGCAGCGCGAGGGAGGAUCUGCAGGGUAGCUUGGCUGAUUCAUCGAUGGGCAUGACGCGGCAGUCGUCCGGUAGUGGCAUGGAGGUCACGCCGCCUACGUCUGCUGCUCGCUCCUCGUUUUCGUGGACUUCCCCCACAAGCGAUGGACAUCGUCAGACGCCGAGAAGCAUGGCAACGACCUCAUCAACGCAUUCACAAACGCAUUCUUCGACCAAGGCCCCAAUGGCUGCGAGUGCACUCCCGCGCUCGGAAGGUCUUUCCGGCCAGUCGCAGCUGAGCGACGCCGAGAUUGUGACGCUCGGCGCCAUCGACGGCCAAGAUCCCAUCUCUCUCCUGCCGGCAAAUGGUGGUGCUCUCUCAUCCAAGAACGUCCUGACAAUCGCCCUCGCCAAAGCUCAGAACGCUGUCCAGCACGACAGCAGCAACGCGGUUCCCGAAGCCAUCCAGGCAUAUAGUCAAGCAGUCAGGCUACUCCAGGAGGUCAUGGAUCGCAUUUCGCCUAGAGCUGGAUCGUCCAGAAAGAGCAAUAGAGAGGAGGAGAGGAGGAGGCUACGGGUCAUCCACGAUACGUAUGCGGAUCGGAUUAGACUGCUCUCGAUGAUCUACAACACGGACUCGAGUAGAGAGACAGAGGAUAUGGAUGACAGUUUGGUGGUUGCGCCAUCGCAUUCCAGCGAGGUUGGAGAGCCGGAGGGGCAGGAACCGACGGCGAGUGCGCCUGUAAUCUCGAUCCAGCAGGAGUCAGGCGCUCCUCAGGAUGAAGAAGACGCAGCUGCAGCCAUGUCACCAGGCGGAGGCGAGAAGGAAAGGAUGCGUUCCGACUCAGAAGGCAGCUUUCGUUCCAUCGACUCAAGGGACGGCCGGCGCAGCGCAGGCUCCGCCGCAGUGGCUGGAGCCACUCCCCGUCCGAGCAACGAAUUGGCGCCGCCUCGCUCGUCAGAAGACCUUCCGCCCCUCCCAUCCACGCCCUACUUCGACGCCUCGCCUACCUUGUCGCAGAAGGAGAAGAUGGAAGGCGAGAACACCAUCGACGGGCUCAGCACGCCGCUGGCGUCGCGCUUUGCUUCCUCGGCCUCAGCUCUCCCGCAAGUAGGAGCGACGUCAGAGCCGCUGAUGCGAUCCAGCUUGACCUUACCUCGCCUUGAGCGCCAAGAAGGCCUCCUCCUGCCUAACCCGCCCAAGUCGGCCAGACCCUUUGGCGAUGGUGAUAGUGAGCUGCUGCCAAGCGCUGGUGGUCCUUCGGCUUUCUUGCGCAGCUCGAGCCCUCUCGGUACAGGCUCCACGCGGCCAAGGGCUACGACGCUCAGCGCCGCCAACCACUCUGGCAAGGCGACCUUGCUUGUGAACAAUGCUGUCGAUCAAGGCUCGCUCGUGAGCAGGCGAAGGGCAGAGGCUUCGAUGGAUCAGCAGGCAACACCUCAACAGGUAGCAACGAGAAGAGGCGGCGAAGCUCUGGCUCGACAGAGCAGCAGAGACUCGAGCGGCGGCAGCGGCAACGUAGAUGCAGACGGAGGCGCUGCAGCGAGCGGCAGAAAGCGCGCCAUCUCACAGCCAGGAUCGCGCCGCCCUAUCCUGCCUUCGGCCUUCCAAGCACCACCGUUGCCCAAGUUUGCGCGCAAGAUGUCGAUCCCCUCGCUCAGCUCUGCAUUCAACGCCGCAGGUCAAGCGCAGCAGCAGCAGCAGCAGCAGCAGCCGCAACAGCCGCAACAGCAGCUGGAGAAAACGGCAACCGCAAACGCGAAAGCGGUUCAUCAUCAAGCUUCGUCGAGCCUCUCACCGAGCGCAGCUACGAGCCUCCAACAGCAACAACGACCUCCAGGUUCUGCUGCGUAUCGCUUCCCAAGUCCUGCGCCUAGCUUCACUUCGGGAUACCACGCGCUGUUGGAUACCGGGGCGGCCAACUCGCCGGCCGUCGUGCCUGCUGAGUACCCCUGGACCUCGACAGGCCCUGGAUCUGCGCCACCUGCCCAGGGUAAUGCUACCAAGCCUCGCCCAACAGCUGCUGUAAUGGUCCCGCCGCCGGAUCUUUUUCCCUCGGGUCUCGCCUCCGCAAACGCACUCGGAACUGCCUCUUUCCAUCUUGACCGACCCACUAGAGCACCGCGCCGCGUCCUCGGCGUCCUACCUGCCGCACUCCAUCCAGAAGCAUUCCUCCCAGACCUCGUACAAUUCCCUUCGCCACCUGAGCGACAGCUACCCGCGCUCCGUCCCUUCAUUGCCGCUCGUUCACUGCGCUCAAGCAUUGCCACAGGCGCUUUCCUCACGCGCAAGCUCUGCGUCACCCCUCCAACUUGGCGAACAGUUGCUGGGGUGAAGCUGGUCGGCCUCGAGGUCAAGGUGAGGGCAAUGGACGCCGUCUGCUCGGGUGUCGAGGCGGUAGCGAGGAGCGGGGAGGCGAUGCUUGCUAUUGGAGGAGAUGUCACUGGUCAGCAGCAGGGCCAAGGUACAGCGGCCAUAGUCGCCUCUGCUUUCGCUAAGCAGCUGGAAGACUUCGAUGCUCUGUGCUAUGAGGUUCAAGGCACGCUGGCCAAGAAGAUUGGCUUCAUCGACGAUCCCAAUUCUUCGUCCUUGCCAGCAGCGUCUGGGCCGCUCAGCGCCGGCGGUAGUAGCAGCUUUGCAUCGGGCAAGCCGGAGAGUGCGGGGGGAAAGAAGAGCGGAUUCCAGAGCAAAUUCUUCACGCGCUCCUUCCUCGCUGAUAGGGUGGCUGCGGCUAAGGACAAAGCAGGGAGUGCAGGGGCGAAUGGGAUCACUGCGGCUGGCGCAGGCGGUGGUGCUGCGAGUAGCGUAACAGCAGCAGGUGGGGGCGUCGGCGAUGGCUCUACUAUGGCCUUUGUGGAAGGGGUAGCUCGAAUGCUGGGCAAGCUGCAGAUACUGGAGGCUCACCUGGAAGCUUGUCUCGCCCCGUUGGCCACCUCGGGAGCAGCCUCCCCCUCGGCUCUCACGGAGAAUGGCCCCGCUCUCCACAGCGCUGCCGUCACAAUGUACAACGCCACCCGACGAGGCUCUACCUCCCCGGACGCUGUCCACCCAUAUCCCUCUUCGCCAGGUGACGCCCCGCCCAUUCCUAUGCUACCACUGGAGCUCCGUCGACUCAUCGAGGCCAAGCUGCGUCGCUCCAGCGAUUUCUUGGCGAAUGUGCUGCUCCGCUUUGUGUUGAGGGAUCUCGCGCUGCUUUUGGACAAGGCUGUGAAGCGCACUGGGGGUGGUGGAGGUUUAUUGGAUUAAAGAGCGUAGGAGGAAGGGAAGGACUUUUGGCAGUCGAGUGUAGUGUUAAUGCUUGGUCAGUGGCUCGUUCUCUGUAUUCGUUUUCCACGUCUCUCUCGAACAAAUAUGCUUGGAGAGCCUUUCCCCUACUUGUUCAAUACCAUCUAUCCCGCUCCUCGCCGCAUGGAUCGUGACGGCAAAGCGCGUCUACAGUGCAGCGUCGACGCCGCCUGCGAUUCAUCACUCGUCGUAUUGCUGAUUAUAAUGGUAUCUAUUAGCUCUCCAGGAG